AUGGCGGUGUUUGCAGAUUUGGACCUGCGAGCGGGCUCGGACCUGAAGGCGCUGCGCGGGCUCGUGGAGAACGCCGCUCACCUUGGCUAUUCAGUGGUUGCCAUCAAUCAUGUUGUUGAAUUUAAAGAAAAGAAACAGGAAAUUGAAAAACCAGUAGCUGUUUCAGAACUCUUUACAACGUUGCCAAUUGUACAGGGAAAAUCAAGACCAAUAAAAAUUUUAACUCGACUGACAAUUAUUGUUUCGGAUCCAUCUCACUGCAAUGUUUUGAGAGCAACUUCUUCGAGGGUCCGGCUGUAUGAUAUUGUUGCAGUUUUUCCAAAGACAGAAAAACUUUUUCAUGUUGCUUGUACACAUCUGGAUGUGGAUUUAGUCUGCAUAACUGUAACAGAGAAGCUACCAUUUUACUUCAGAAGACCCCCUAUUAAUGUGGCAAUUGACCGAGGUGUGGGCUUUGAACUUGUUUACAGCCCAGCUAUCAAAGACUCCACAAUGAGAAGGUACACCAUUUCCAAUGCCCUCAACUUGAUGCAAGUCUGCAAAGGAAAGAAUGUAAUUAUAUCUAGUGCUGCAGAACGGCCUUUAGAAAUAAGAGGUCCAUAUGACGUGGCAAACUUAGGGCUGCUCUUUGGGCUCUCUGAGAGUGAUGCCAAGGCUGCAGUUUCUACCAACUGCCGAGCGGCGCUUCUCCAUGGAGAAACUAGGAAAACUGCUUUUGGAAUUAUUUCCACAGUGAAGAAACCACGGCCAUCAGAAGGAAAUGAUGAUUCUCUUCCAGCUUCCAAAAAAGCCAAGUGUGAGGACUGA